GCCUAUUGCACUAUCACACACACAAACGCUCUCUAUCCUAUCAGUCAAAACGUCUUUUAACUAUUGGAUUAGAACGCCAGGCCUACCAUGUCCGCCAUCCUCCUGUUCUGCACUUCAAAAAUCCGCGCGAGCGUAAUCGACCGACUGAUGACAGAAUGUGCUAUACCUGACGACGCAUUCAACAUCUUUAGUCUAGUCCGCACCCCAAACCAGGAAGUCUUAGACGAAUGGAAUACUCAAACCCCAGUCCAAGACUUCGACACCGGCUUUGAAGGUAAAAGCGACGCCGAGCUGCGCAGAUUCUUCCAAGAUCGCCUCGAUAAACACACUGAUACCCAGACAACGAGUAUUUCUGACUCAUGGUUUGCGGUGCUGGACGAUAAAUCACCCUCAGAGAACGCAGUGACCCUACACUAUACGUACGAAAAGUCAAGCUGGGGACCAAGCCCCGUUCCUGGUCCUGCGGAGGUAAUCGGUGAUGUGAUAUGGUGGAAAUGGAGGGUGCCCUUCCAGUCAGCUUGGACGUUCUGGAAUGCGGUCGGCAGUAUUGGGGCUGAUGCUAUUGAAAUCUAUUCGAGGCCUGAGUAUAGGAGCUCAGACGGUAUUCUGCAGACGGAGAUUCCAGAAAAGAUCAUUAAUGGGGAGAUUGAGGAUCCAUAUGCUUAGCUCUUGCCUUAAUUCACCUUCUUAUCUUCUCCAUUUUUUUUUAAUAGCAGCCAGCGGCACUUCAUCAUGUAUGUGAUUGGAUUGUAGUGAGC